UAUUGUUACAACAUUGGAAUUCUUUAAUUUUCAGGUACUAGGUACAUAGUUGUCAUAAUUUAUAGUUUUCGGUAUUCUAGUUUAUAAUAUUUUGGUGUUUUUGGUAUGGAAGAACUGAAGAAUAGAGGGUGGUACUUGAGUGAAAAUGGAUUUAAAUGCUGCAUUGCUGCUUUAGAUUUAAAAACCAGUCAUUCUCAAGUCAAUGAUAUAAUAAAAAUUGCAUUAAACCAUGAUCUUCACCAUAUUGGGGAUAAUGCACUACCAGAAAACAUAAGCAGUGGACAAUGUACGUUUAUAAAUGGACCUAUUGUACUGCAAGUUCAUAAGCAAAGCAAUAUAUCAGCACCAGCAAUUAAUCAAGAAUCAUCAUCUGCACCUCGUUUAUUAAAACUAACUUUAACAGAUGGCAAAUUAAAUUGUGUUGCCAUUGAGUAUUCUCGCUUAUUAGAUAUUAAUACAGAUGUCUUAGUUCCUGGAAGUAAAGUUUGUCUUUUGGGAUCAACAAACAUUUUAAAUGGUGUAAUUUUACUAGAGCAUGGUAAAUUUGUAUUUUUAGGUGGUCAAGUUGCAAGGUUAAAAGAAAAAUGGGAUAUGAUGAAAAAAACAUUUUUGAACAGAAAAAUAAAUGGAGUUAUUUCUGGUCCUCCUCCUUUUCUUGAAUUCGAUCCAACUAAAAUUAAUGAAAUCCAAAAAUUGAAAAAUGGAAAAAGUUGUGAUAUUCUCAAGAAACAAUUAAACCUACAAAAUGGAGCAAAGCAGAUGGAAAUGGAGCAAAAUGGAGCAAAGCAGAUGGAAAUGGAGCAGGCAAAAAAUCUUCUGAAAAGUGGUUUUACUUCUUUACAAACAAAACCUGAGAAACAGUUAUCAGCUGAAAAAUCGGUAGUUCUGAAGGGUAAGAAAACCGUAGAGAAAAAGUACACACGUGAUUUAGAUUAUAAGCCACUUGAUAAUAAACUAAGUAGUGUUUCUCCAACCCAAAUCAACAAUAAUGUUCAAUCCGAUAAAAAAUUGCAAACAGAAAGCGGCUAUCGAACCAAGAAAGAAAUCAAUGGUUGGAAAGAUGAACUUCAACCAAAUAACUAUUCCAAACAUAAUCCAGUUAAAGCUGAAAAAAAAAUUGAAAUCUCUUUAGAAGACGAAAAACAAAACAAGUACAAAAGAAAUAAUGAAAAAUAUCAUGAAAAUCAUAAAAAAGAGUCUUUUGUGUGCUAUGAUGCAAAAAGUGAUAAAUGGACAACAAAGAACGAGGAAAAAACAAAAUACUUAAGUGAUACACAAAAACAAGAGGGUGGUGAUACACAGAAAGGUUUUCUUAUCAAUAAUUUUUUCCAAAAUGUUAUACCAAAAGAUGCAGAAACAGGUUGUCAAUCAACCAAUUAUUCUCACGGAAAGGACGAGAACAUAUAUAUGCAAUCAUGUAGCAAUAAAAAAAGUUAUAGAGAUCAACAAAGCACCAGAGAUAGUAUAACGUACACACAGCAGAAUGAAAAAACUCGAGAUCAUAAAAAGUACACACAAUCCACUGAUUUUACUCGAAAUGAUAGAAAAUACACACAAUUGAGUGAAAAUGCUCGAGAUGAUAUAAGAAAUCAGUCAAGUGGCAGUAAUCGAGAUGAAAGAAAGUAUACACAACCGAGUGACAAUACUCAAGGGGAUAAAAAGUUUUCCCACUCACGUUAUAAUACACAGGAUGAUAAAAAGUUUACCCAAUCACGUGAUAAUACUCUAGCUGAUAGAAAGUACACACAAUUGAGUAACUAUCCUCAAGAUGGUCUAAAACAAAUCCAAUCAAGUGAUAAUACUCGAGAUAAUAGAAAGUACAAAUAUGUGAGUGAUAUUUCUCAAGAUGGUAAAAAGUACACCCAAUCAAGUGACAAUACUCGAAACGAUAAAAAUUACAAACAGUCACGUGAUAAUGCUCAAGAUGAUAGAAAAAAAAAACAAUCAGCUUACAAUGAUCAAAAUAAUAGGAAAUAUUCUCAACAACUUGAUAAUAAGUACAAACAACCGAGUGACAAGACGAUUCAAGGUGACAGAAAAUAUAUACAAUCGAGUGGCAAUAGAAAAAACUUAGAUCAUAAAGAAGAAAAUUUGCCAUAUACAAAUGAUAACUUAUCUGAAAAAGACAAAAAAAAAGACUUUCAAUUCAGUAGUCAUAAACAAGAUUUACGAACAAGCUCAUUAAAAGAGAAUAAAAAGUACACGCAGACAACUGAAAACAUAAAAAACUCAGGAAGCAGGAAGUUAUCACAAAAGGAUGGCGAAAUAAAAUCUUGGAGUAAAAACAUACAUGAUGUACAACAAAAAACCGCUGAAACAGAAGUUAGCAAAGACGUAGAAAAUAAAAAAAAAGAGCGUGGCGAACCAAAAAGAGAUUUUUCAAACAAAAAAAUUCAUCCUAGCAGUUAUAAAAAAGACACGAGUGAUAGAAAAUUCGCCACUGAAGAGCGGGAUCAUAUCCAACAAAAGGAUUAUAGGAAAGGUACAUUACAGAAAUACGAAGACGAAAAUUCUCGGCAAAUUAAUUAUAAAUGUGACAACCAAUCAAAAGACCAUGAAAAAGUUCGAGGUGAGUAUAAACAAAAUAACAGUAUAAAUGAUAGUAAAAAUAUAUCUAGAGACAAUUUUAAAAAAAUGCCAAAAGAACGAUUCGAUUAUAAAAAUGAUGUUCAGCAAGUAGAGAAGAAAGUUUAUCCCAAAACCAGCGUUACUACAUCUAUUGCAGAAAAAGUUUCUGAUUUGAGUAACUUGAAGCGAGUAUCGCUUGAAGCUUUGUUUGCUAGUGCAUCUAAAGAAGAUGACUAUAUAGAUUCAGCGGUAAUAAACCAGUCCGUUACCUCUAUAAACGACAAAUUUCACUUUUCUAAACCAGGGAAUUUGGCAGCUUAUCAAACUGCAAUUCCCGUUUCACACCAACAGCAUCAAAUGCUUAUGGAACAACAAGCAGCAUAUUUUCAAUGGAUAAUGGCACAGCAAGGUUUCAAUCCUCAAUUUAUACAGGGCAUUUAUCAAGGUAGUUCAUCCUAUUAUCCACCCAUGCAUCAGGACCACAAUUAUUACGAUGAAAAUGAUGUAUACACGGGUAGUCAGUACGAAAACGAAAAUAAUCAAAAUUUGUACCAUUAGUAUCAACAGUUGAUGACAAAACAAGGAAAUUAUUAUUAAAUUA